AACGUGCGACACGUUCCUCAACAUCGUCAUUUCACUUUGGAAAAUUCAAACUCCGAAGAAACAGAUUCAGAUCCACCGAUCUAGAUCCGCGACGAAUGGCUCUCGAAUGGGUUGUGCUAGGCUACGCCGCGGCGGCGGAAGCGAUCAUGAUCGUGCUCCUGACGAUGCCGGGGCUCGACGGACUCCGCAAGGGACUCGUCGCCGUCACGCGCAACCUCCUGAAACCGUUUCUCUCGAUCGUCCCGUUCUGCCUCUUCCUCCUGAUGGACAUCUACUGGAAGUACGAGACGAUGCCUUCGUGCGACGGAGACUCCUGCACGCCGUCGGAGCACCUCCGCCACCAGAAGUCGAUGAUGAAGUCACAGAGGAACGCGAUCCUCAUCGCCGCCGCGCUCGUGUUCUACUGGAUCCUCUUCUCGGUCACUCAUCUGGUGGUCAAGAUCGAGCAGCUUAACCAGAGGGUGGAGAGGCUCAAGAACAAGGAUUGAUCUCUCGAGUCAGGUUCGAUUCAGUGCCAGUCUUUUUUUUUGGUUUUGGAGUAUUUUGAAUAUUUCAUUAUGUUAUGUUGUUUCAGUGCUUCUGAUUUGUGGAUUGAUGGACUUUAAUUAUCCUACUUUUAUAUGCUUGUUUGCUUGACAAGAUUGAGAUGGAAUUUUCAUUGGCUCA